UAGUUGAGUUGUGUGUAUGUGAGAUAAGCUGCCAUGUCGAUCUUGUCCGUUCCGUCACCAACACAGCGUUGUUCCAUUUCGAUUUCUCGGCUGCCAUUGCCAUUGCCAUUGCCGUUUCAAUUGCAAGUGAGAAGAAGAGCAAAAGGGGGAAAAGUGGUAAUGAGCAUGGAGGCAGGUAUUGGAGUGAUGGGCACCAAGUUGGGUAUGAUGAGCUAUUUCGAAUCCGACGGAGAGGUUGUUCCUGUCACUGUCGUGGGUUUCAAAGAAGGCAACAUCGUCACCCAGAUCAAAACUGAGGCCACCGAUGGAUACGACGCCGUCCAGGUUGGUUACCGAAGGGUCAGAGACCGCAAAUUGACCAAACCCGAAAUGGGUCAUCUCCAUAAGGUCGGCGCCAUUCCCAUGCGCCAUCUUCAGGAGUUCCGUCUUCAAGCCAUCGAUGGCUUCGACCUUAAUCAGCGCCUUCUUUUUGAUGAAACUUUCAAGGAGGGUGAUCUUGUUGAUGUCUCUGGCACCACCAUUGGCAAGGGUUUCCAAGGUGGAAUCAAGCGUCAUAACUUCAAAAGGGGUCCAAUGACACAUGGUUCCAAGAGUCACCGACAACUAGGAUCAAUUGGUGCUGGAACCACGCCUGGUCGUGUUUACAAGGGGAAGAAGAUGCCUGGUAGGAUGGGAGGAACCAAGAGGAAGAUCAGAAAGCUUAAGAUUGUCAAAAUUGAUAAAGAUCUUAAUGUCCUCAUGAUCAAAGGUGCUCUCCCUGGUAAGCCAGGCAAUCUUCUAAGGAUAACUCCUGCCAAGAUUGUCGGCAAGAACAUUCCAAAGAAUUAGCACAUCUUUUCUGUAUUGUAUUUGUUGUGCCUUCCUAUUAGCCUUUUAGUUGCAAGUUUAUGUAUUGCUUCUUUCAACCCAUUUUACAUUGAUUGAGUUAUACACAGCACAUUAUUACUAUGAGUUCAGUAUCAUCUUACUCGAUACAACUGAUGUAAUUUGUCAUGUCAGACGCCGCGGUUAUAUUUAGAGCUAGAGCUAGGGAAAUCAAAACCAAAACUUCCAAUUAAUUAGCAAAA